AUGCCGAGCGAUGUAUUGCGUGUGCUGGAGCUGUACAGCGGCAUAGGCGGCAUGCACUGCGGCUUGCUGCAUGCGAAACAGCUCCGCGAGUUCAGGCGCAGCAGAAACCUCAAGCUCAACAGAUGCUGCUGCGGGGGCCCUCCCCCGCCUCACCUUCCCUUUCCUGGCGGCACAGCAGCAGCAGCAGCAGCAGCAGCAGCACAGGCAGCAGAGGAACAAGAUAUAUGCUGCUGCAGGCUGGGGACGCCCCGAGCGCCAGCGAAUGCAUGCGCUGCUGCCUCCCCCCCUCAGCUGACUGCUGCAGCAAUUCCAACAGACGGUAGCAGCUUCUGCGUCCACCCGCUGCUUGAGUCGCUCCCACCAGCAGCAGCAGCAGAAGCUACCAGCAGUAGCAGCAGCAGGAGCAGCGGCAGCAGCAGCAGCAGCAGCAGCGGCAGAAGCAGCAGCGGCAGCAGCAGCAGGGAUCUGCCAUACCAGAUAGUUGCUGCGGUUGACGUGAGCGAUGCUGCCUGCGCUGUGUACCGCAGCAACUUCUGUGUUUCUCGCGAUGAGCAGCAGCAGCAGCAGCAUGAGAAGCAGCAGCAGCGUGGGCGAAAGAACAGCAGAAAGCUGCCUGUCGCAGCAGCAGCAGCAGCAGCAACAGCAGCUGCUGCUGCUGGUGCUGCAGUCUGUCUGAAUGUGCUGAUGGAUUGCUGCUGCUACGAUACUGUCUACCUGCUGCUGCUUACCCCGCUGCACUUCGGUCUCCCUAACUCACGCACCCGCUGCUUCUUGCUAGCUAGAAGGGCUCACCACACAGACGGGGCCUAUGCGGCCUGGCUCAGGGCUGCAGCACCUUACUACGAUGCUGCUGAUCCUGCUGCUGCUGCUGCUGCUACUGCUGCAACUCAUCCUGCUGGUGAUGCUGCUGCUGCAGAUGCUCCUGGGGCGACAGGAGCUGCCGCAGAAACUGCUCCUUCUGCUUCUUCUGCUGCAGCUGAUGCUCCAUCUGCUGCUGCUGCUUCAGCUCCUGCUGCUCCUCCAGCGGUUGCUGCUGCUCCAGCUGUUGCUGCCGCUGCUGCUGCUGCUGCUGCACCUCUGAGGGGGAAGCGCCCUGUCGUGUUGGAUCGGAUCCCGGGCCUUUAUUCUUCUCAGGCAUUUUUCUGUUGCCCUAUAUGGCCGCUGAGUACAUUUCUUGAUCCCUUGCUGCCUCCUCGUUGCAGCAGCAGCUGCUGCAACACCCGCAACAGCGACGGCAGCAGCCCCAGCAGCAGCUGCAGCACCAGCAGCAGCACCAGCAGCAACAGCAGUAGCAACAAAAGCACCAGCAGCAGCGUUACUGAAUGGAAAGGAUCGAACGAGGAGCUUCCUGCAGGCCCUGAAGACGACGCCGAAGAGCCCUCACGCCAGCAGCAGCAACAGCAGCAGCAGCAGCAGCAGCAGCAGCAGCAGCAGCAGCACGGGAGGUUGUCUGCGUUGGAGCUGAGUGCGGAGCAGAAGCAAAAGGCUUGGCAUAUGGUGGACCUCGUCAGCAGCAGCAGCAUCCGCAGCACGUGUUUCACCAGGAACUAUGGAAAGAGCGGCCUGGCGCAGUACGGCAGCAUUUUGCUGCUAGAAGACCCACAGAAACUGCUGCUGCAGCAGCAGCAGCAGCAGCAGCAGCAGCAGGAGCAGCUGCGGCUCCACGGCUUCCCCUCCUGGUUCUCUUUCCCCAAGCAGCAGCAGCAGCAGCAGCCGCAGCAGCAGCAGCGGAAGCAGCAGCAGCAGCAGCGGAAGCAGCAGCAGCAGCAGCAGCAGGAGCAGCAGGAGCAGCAGCAGCAGGAGCAGCAGCAGCAGGAGCAGCAGCAGCAAGAGCAACAGCACGAUGAGGACCGGCAGCAGCACAGAAGCAUGAUAGGCAACAGUCUGAAUGUUUAUCUCGUGGGUAUGCUGAUUGACUUCUUAGUUGGCGACGAUGAAGAAGAAACAAAAAAAUAA